AUGUUUCAUUUAGAAGCUAAAAAGCCCUCAACAUGUGAAAGUGAACCACUCACAGAUGCGAGGGUCAGGGCCACGCUGUCCGUCUUCAGAGGGAUUGUUACAUCCUGCUACGGCCCCUCGGGGCGGCUGAAACAGCUGCACAACGACGUCGGAGGACACGUGUGCACCACGUCCCAGUCCACAGCUCUGCUCCAGAGGCUCUUGGUAACCCAUCCCGUGCUGAAGAUCAUCACUACGUCCAUGCAGAAUCAUGUGUCCUGCUUCAGUGACUGUGGCUUGUUCAUGGCCAUCCUUUGCUGCAACCUGAUUGAAAGUGGCCAGGGCAUAGACGUGACCCCUACCACUGUCAUUGAGUUAAAUAGGCUGCUUUUGAGCCUUUGCACCCAUUACCUGAAAUCUGAGGGGUGUGGGUGUCGGUUGGCAGUGGAUUUUAGUAGCACCCCUGUCCUCCUUGGCUUGGUACGCACUGUAUUAACCAGUAAGCCUGCCUGCAGCCUCACCAGGAAGGAAGUCGAUUACCUCAGUGCUCUGGUUCUGAGAGCUUUCUUGCUAACAAUUCCAGAAAAGGCUGAGGACCGCGUCAUUUUAGGAAAGAGUAUCAUUGUGCCUUUCAAAGAUCACAGGGUUGUAGAUUCUACCGUAUUCCCUGGAAUUCUCAUUGAAACAUCAGAGGUUCAGAUGCUGAGGCUGUUAGCUUCCAAAAAAGCAGGUGUCCUGAAGGUGGCGCUCUUCUGUGUAUCCUUGUCCGGAGACCUUGCUGAAACAGGAGAAGGGACUUUGGUGGUCAGUUAUGGAGUACAUCUUGAAAGGGCAGCCCUGGACCAGCUGCUUAGCCUAGGGAAGGAACUUGUCAGAGCCCAUGUGGGGCUUGUCAUUUGCCAAAAAGUCAUACACCCGUCUUUGAAACAGUUUCUCAGUGCGCAUAAUGCUAUUGCCAUAGACAGAGUUGGAGUGGCUUUGAUGGAUCCGCUGAGUAAAAUGACAGGAGCACAGCUUAUUGGUACCCUCGGCUCAUUCUCUCCAAGUAGUUUCGGAUGUGUGAAGGAUCUGUGCUCUGCAACAUUCGGCUCCAAGCAUUUCUUCCAUCUCAUUCCUAGUGAGGUGACUGUUUCCAGCUUGCUCCUCUGUAACAGAAGUGACACUGCCUGGGAUGAGCUGAAGCUCACAUGCCAGACAGCACUGCAUGUCUUGCGGUUAACAAUCAAGGAACCAUUUGUGUUUUUGGGAGGUGGCUGUACUGAAACUCAUGUGGCUGCAUAUAUCAGACACAAGAGUCGUCACGAGCCAGGAAGCAUCCUCAGAGAUGACAGAUACACUCACGCAGAACUUCAGCUGGUGGCAGAAGCCUUCUGCCGUGCUCUGGAAUCCGUCGCUGGCUCUUUAGAACACAAUGGAGGGGAAGUUCUCAGGGAUGUGACAUAUGGACACUUCUGGUCAGCCCCGUCUGAUUCUCCCCCUGCUGUAUCCUGGCAGGAUUUGCUCUCACGAUGUGGUUGUGGAUUACACAGUAGCCAGCAAGAGCUCAACUGGUCUCUCUUAAGAAGCCCUCACCAUCCUUUUAUGCCACAGAACUGCCUUCCGCCCUCAGCUGCCAGCCUAGCCAGCCACCUCACUCUGGACUGCUUCAGCGCUAAGCUUAAUGGUCUGCACGUGGCCGUGGAGACGGCCAAUUUGAUUUUGGACCUUGCAUAUGUCAUUGAAGAUAAGAACUGA